CAAACUUUUUGACUAAACGUAAAAAGCUUUAAAGAUUAGUUGCGCCUUCGUGCAAGUCACGUCCUCCUCCGCAUUGAUCAAGUCGCGAUGGCUCCUCCGGCUUCAGAUCCGGCGAAGAUCCAACAAAUCCAGCAAUUCCUCAACUCCGUCCUCUCCCAGCGCGGCCCAUCCGCCCUCCCCUACGCCGAAACCACCAAGUGGCUGAUCCGCCAACACCUCCUCACCCUAAUCUCCUCCCACUCCUCCCUCGAGCCCAAAACGGCGACGUUUACGCACAACGACGGCCGCUCCGCGAUCCUCCUCCAAGCGGACGGGACGAUCCCGAUGCCUUUCCAGGGAGUCAGCUACAACAUCCCCGUCGUCAUCUGGCUCCUCGAAUCGUACCCUCGCGAUCCCCCUCGCGUCUACGUGAACCCCACGCGCGACAUGAUCAUCAAGCGCCCCCACUCCAACGUCUCCCCGAGUGGACUCGUCUCGCUCCCUUAUCUCCACGCCUGGGUUUACCCUAGCUCUAACCUCCUCGAUCUCGCCGCUCAGCUCAGCGCCGCCUUCUCCAGAGAUCCGCCGUUGUACUCUCAGCGCCGUCCUCAAUCGUCCGGAUCUGGAUACGCCAGGCCUUCGCCGUCUCCUCCGAUCGGAUCUGGUUACUCGCGUCCUUCGCCGUCGAUCGGAUCUGGAUACGCGCGUCCUCCUCCUCCGUCUUACCAGCAGCAGCAGCAGACGGAUGAUGCGGCGGAGGUUUACAAGAGAAACGCGAUCAACAAGCUAGUGGAGAUGAUCCACGUGGAUCUCGUCACGAUGAGGAGUGCGAGAGAAGCUGAGGCUGAAGAGCUUCUCAGCUUACAGGCUAACCUCAAGAGGAGAGAGGAAGAACUCAACAACGGUUUACAAGAGAUGGCGAGCGAGAAAGAGACUCUAGAGCAGGAGCUACAAGUCAUCUCCAUGAACACGGACGUUCUUGAUUCCUGGGUUAGAGAUAACCAAGGGAAAUCCGAUAACUUAUUUGUGGAUUUGGAUGUGGACAGUGCGUUUAUAUGUAUGGAGACGAUGUCUAAGCAGAUGCUGGAGUGCACUGCGUCGGAUUUAGCUAUUGAGGAUGUUGUUUACUCGAUGGAUAAGUCGUUUAGAGAUGGGUUGUUACCGUUUGAUCAGUAUUUGAGGAGUGUGAGGUUGUUGUCGAGGGAACAGUUUUUCCACCGAGCCACGGCGGAGAAGGUUAAGGGGAUGCAGAUGGAAGCUCAGGUUGCUUCUAUUGCAGCUAGGUUGCAGUUGUGAACUUUUUUUGCUGAUUACUAUCUAUGUUAUUUGAUUACUGUCUAUAGGGAUGUAUUACCACUACAUAGUUGAAUUGAUCAUACUUUUUGGGUUGCUUACCACUUA